AUGCCUCCAGCCACGGAAAACCCCUCUGCUGACAGUGUGUCGAUCUGGGAACAGGCCUAUCACAACGCGUGGCGUCACUUCCAAACCUGCAUUGUGGAGGUACUCAACAGGCUACGCUGGCGCAACCCAUCCCCCGAGAAUCGCCAAACGACCAUUGAAAAGCUAGGUCGACUUCCAAUUAAGGUGGAAAAUAUCCAAAGCACAGGACAGGCCAUGUUUGAGCAUGAUCCAGGCUCUCAGACUGUGCGAGAGAAGGCUCUUACUUACUUCGCCACCGAUUUCAUCCGGGACUGCCUCGAGCUCCAUUUCAAGCUGAAUAUGUUGGCAUGGAGGCUCAUGAAUCACCCGGGGAGUGUUAGGACAGUUUAUAAUCGUCUUCUCAGGCUGCUGGACUCUAUCAAGGAUCGGGUGCCGGACUGA